CGGAAGGGCGGAGUCACGUGGGCGCUGCUUCCCCUCGCGCCUGCGCAGUCGCUGCCGCCGCGACCUCCCGCCGCCGGGCGCCAGCCGUGUCCCAUCCGUGUGUCCCUCCAUCCCUCACCAUGUUGGCCUGUGCAAAGUUCCUCUCUGCUCCUGUGCUCGUGAGGAGAAGCUCCCGGGUGCUGUACCAACCCCUCUCUGCCUCUGUGCUGAGCAGACCUGAGGCCUGGACAGAGCAGGCACAGCCAGGUGCCCACAGAGCCAUCCAGACGAGCUCAGCUCACCGGGACAUCGACACGGCCGCCAAGUUCAUCGGUGCUGGCGCAGCCACGGUGGGGGUGGCCGGGUCUGGCGCCGGCAUUGGCACCGUGUUUGGCAGCCUCAUCAUCGGCUAUGCCAGGAACCCUUCCCUUAAGCAGCAGCUCUUCUCCUAUGCCAUCCUGGGCUUUGCCCUCUCCGAGGCCAUGGGGCUCUUCUGCCUCAUGGUGGCCUUCCUCAUCCUCUUCGCCAUGUGAUGGAGCUGGAGGUGGUGACAGUGACGGUGACUGAGCCAUGAAUGGUGUCUGGGGGGCACAGGGGAGACCACUAACCUGGGCCCACAAUGGGCAGGAGGAGAAUAAAGACGGUUUGAUAACGGA